UCCGUCCCUCCCUCCUCGGCUGGGGCAGCAGGAAGCGGCUCUGAUGUCAGCGGCGGCGGCCGCGGCGCGGCUCUGAGCGGCUCCCCCACCCCCGCCGCGGCCCCCUCUCCCGCUGCCGCCGCUGGGGCUGGCGGAGGAGCCCGGCUGCGGCCCCGGGGGCGCCGCCUUCUCUCGCCCGGGGACGCGCGGCCGAGGCGGUCCCGAGCUGCGCAGAGGCCGCGGCCUAGGGGAGUCGGCGCGGCGCCCCGCGGGGGUGCGGGAGGGGGCGGGAUGCGCAGCGGCGGCGCCGGGGCCUGUGCCCGCCGCCAGUGAGGCCCGAGGCCGCCGCGGAUGCGGCCCCGGCGGCGCCUCGGCCAGGCCCGCCCCGACCUGCGCCAGGAACCGCCGCCGAGCCCCGCGUAGCCCCGGCUCCGGCCCUCGGCUGCCCGGUGCCGGACCCUCGCGUAGCCCCCUGUCCUCCCUGCGGUGAAAGAGGAGGCAUGUCCGCUGCCGCCUCCGCUGAAAUGAUUGAAACCCCCCCGGUCCUCAACUUCGAAGAAAUCGACUACAAAGAGAUCGAGGUGGAAGAGGUUGUUGGAAGAGGAGCCUUUGGUGUGGUCUGCAAGGCAAAAUGGCGAGCUAAAGAUGUAGCCAUUAAACAGAUAGAAAGUGAAUCUGAAAGAAAAGCCUUCAUUGUAGAGCUUCGACAACUGUCACGGGUAAACCAUCCCAAUAUUGUCAAGUUGUAUGGAGCCUGCUUAAACCCAGUGUGUCUUGUUAUGGAGUAUGCUGAAGGAGGUUCUCUAUACAAUGUGCUGCAUGGUGCUGAACCUCUGCCUCAUUAUACUGCUGCACAUGCCAUGAGUUGGUGUUUACAGUGCUCCCAAGGAGUGGCAUAUCUCCACAGUAUGAAACCAAAGGCUCUAAUUCACAGAGACCUGAAACCACCAAAUUUGCUCUUGGUAGCUGGGGGGACAGUUCUAAAAAUCUGUGACUUUGGUACAGCCUGUGAUAUUCAAACACACAUGACCAACAACAAAGGAAGUGCUGCUUGGAUGGCACCUGAAGUUUUUGAAGGUAGCAAUUACAGUGAAAAAUGUGACGUUUUCAGUUGGGGUAUUAUUCUCUGGGAGGUAAUCACCCGUAGGAAACCUUUUGAUGAGAUUGGUGGUCCAGCUUUCCGAAUAAUGUGGGCUGUUCACAAUGGUACUCGGCCACCACUGAUCAAAAAUUUACCUAAACCAAUUGAAAGUUUAAUGACCCGUUGUUGGUCCAAGGAUCCCUCACAACGGCCAUCCAUGGAGGAAAUUGUUAAAAUAAUGACACACUUGAUGCGGUACUUUCCAGGAGCUGAUGAACCUCUGCAGUAUCCUUGCCAGUAUUCAGAUGAAGGCCAAAGCAACUCUGCCACUAGCACAGGUUCAUUCAUGGACAUCACUUCUACAAACACAAGUAACAAGAGUGAUGCUAACAUGGAGCCAAGUGACUUCCAAGGAGCUUCUACCAAUGACACUAUUAAACGUUUAGAAUCAAAAUUGGCACAGCAAAUCAAAAAUACAGCCAAGCAGCCGGGUGACCCUGGCCGCUUGAGUUUGCCCCCAUCUCGUGGGAGCAGUGUUGAGAGCUUGUCAGAUGUUCGCGCACGACCGCCGUCAGCCCUUGUUUCCGGAGAAGCCAAAAGGAUGAGCGCUGACAUGUCUGAAAUAGAAGCAAGAAUAGCUUCCAUCACAGCCUAUUCCAAGCCUAAACGAGGCCAUCGUAAAACUGCUUCAUUUGGCAACAUUCUGGAUGUCCCUGAGAUCAUCAUACCAGCAGGAAACGGACAGCAGAGGCGCAGAUCCAUUCAAGAUCUUAGUGUUGCUGGAACAGAGUCCAGUCAGGAGAGUAGAAACAGCAGUAGAUCAUCUAGUCCUAGUGUGAGAAUGAUCACUACCUCGGGACCAACCUCUGAAAAGCCAACACGUAAUCCAUGGACACCAGAUGAUGCAGCUGCUCUUGGAAAUAGCAUAGUCUUUGAGGGCAACACCUUAGUUUCUCUACCACGACUACUCUGUGGCAGGUGCUUUUGGGGUAUGGAGACCAAUGGGUCAGAUAACUCCAUCCCAAUGGCAUAUCUCACAUUAGAUCAUCAGUUACAGCCUCUAGCACCAUGCCCAAACUCCAAAGAAUCUAUGGCUGUGUUUGAACAGCACUGCAAAAUGGCACAAGAAUAUAUGAAAGUUCAGACAGAAAUCGCAUUGCUGUUGCAGAGGAAACAAGAGCUAAUAGCAGAACUGGACCAGGAUGAAAAAGACCAGCAAAACACAUCCCGUCUAGUACAAGAACAUAAAAAGCUGUUAGAUGAAAAUAAAAGUCUCUCAACAUACUAUCAGCAAUGCAAAAAACAAUUAGAGGUCAUCAGAAAUCAGCAACAGAAGCGGCCAGGCACAUCAUGAUUUCCUGGGACCUUUUAAAUGAAAAAUAUGCACAGAAAAGACUGAUUUUUUUUUAUUGUUAUUAUUAUCCCUUAUUAUGACAGCUCAUGAGUGUUAGCUUCUUGGUGUGAUCUGUACGUGUCUGCUACACUUAACAUCAUUUAAUUUUCUUUUUCCGACGUGAAAUCCAGUUCAACAGGUUAAUUGAAUAGGGUGAAGAAACAGUGACUUGAAUUAACCAAUAGCCCUCAAGUUAAAGCAAGAAGAGUGGCUGUUUGCAUGCUCCUUGUGUGAAGGCUAGCCUAACAAGUGUUGAGGAGGCUGCUAAAUUGUGAGAACUUAUUUUUAGUUUUUGGUGUUGCCUCAGUAAGAGCAAAAAAAAAAAAAAAGACUUUCCUGUUUAAGAAUGGUUUUGUUCCAGUGUCUCAUCUCAAACUAUUGUUAUGAUGAUUAUUUUCAUAAUAAACUGAAACAUGCACCAAGCUGCAGAGGUGAUGUUGGUUGACCAGAGUAAUUCAUGAUGCAUUAGUGAUGCCUUUUACCUGUAGACAUUGUGUAUUUUUCCACACGCAAAAUGGUAGGCAAGCUGAUGCCAGCAUUCUUGGUUCAGUGCUUGAUAGCCCUGCAUUUUGACUAAUAUAUUUCUUGUAAUCUUGCAUUCAUAAAAUAUUUGAAGUAAAAGACUGUAUUUUGUUUACUUUCUUGGGGUGAAUGACAUCCAGUUUCAUUUAAAUACUGGCCAAAAUUUAGGAAGGUGAUCACUGGACAGAAUUGGUUCCUUGUAUAAAAGAUAUCAUCAAAAAUAUGUAAAAGUGUGUUCCAAACCUUUAAAACUUUUGUCCCUGUAGGAUCUUUGGAAGAAAAUUCAGAAAGAAAAUUAAUACAGUACUUGAAAUACUUGCACCCUUUAUGUUUUUGCUCCAUUAUUGAUUUUGUUUCAGUUUUUUUUUCUUAAAACUUAUUUGAUGAAAAGCAUUUACCAUAAAUGUAAAUAAGUUUGUUUUAGAUAGAGAAGAGUUUGGGGAAAUAACUUUAUUUUAAAUAGCAAAUUAUAAAAUGGAGUUGAGUAUGCAAAUAGUGGAAACUAUUAAGAAAAUGAGGGAAAUAGCUUAGAUCUCUGUCAGGAAUCUCAGUUAUUCCACUCAUUUGAACAUAGCUUAAAGGAAGUUCAUCACAGAAUGCCUGCUGCCUUUGUGACUGAAGAAUUGCAUUUAAUGAACUUGAGUGGAAUAUGUAAUGCUCAGUGUUGAUAUUUACCAUUAUUACAUAGGAGAAAAUAAUUACUUGUUUACAUUGCAGGUUGAUUAUCUGGAUUAUGAAUUAACUUUAACUGGUACAAAAAUGAGACACUUCUAUAUACAAUGAUAAAUUACUCCUUACAUACAUACAUAAGUUCUUGAUGUUCUCCGUUACAGGCAGGGUUUUAAUAUCACUUGUUUGCAAAAUUAAAAUAGGAAAUUUUGAAGUUUAGCUGCUGAGCCCUAUAAAUAAAAGAGAAGUGAUCUGAAUUUUGAAGUACACUUAUUUCAAAUAAAUGGUUACUCAUACCCAUGAGCAGAACUUGGAAAAACCUUAAGAGGAAAAACAUACUAUUUUCUCUUUCUCUUCCUGCCUACUUGAUAAAAACCAUUACUACAGUUGUGCUUAUCUGUGAACAGCAAAGAGGACGAACAACUUACUGAACAAUCUGUCUUGAAAAUAAAUCCAUUGUUGGCAAAGCUUUGGGAGUUAGAAACCUUUCCCUCGUUUUAUUUAAAUAAAGGAAGGGUUCUCAUUCCCAAAACCUUAAGAGAUAAUUUGAUUAGUUAGCUGAAACUGAUAUUGGGAUCAACUUAAGGGCACACAUAUUUAUAGCAAAAUGUAAUUGAGGGAGAAAAUAACUCUAGUAUUAGGAAUAGCACAAGUUAUCCAAAGCAUUGCUGUUCACAUACAUCUGUCUAUCUACCAAAAUGGAGACACUCAGUGAUCAGCAGCUUAUUUAACAUAUGCUGAAGCAUUAAGUAGAGCAGCAUAAAUACUGAUGCUCAACUUCAGAGGCAUUGAUAGUUACAUACACAAAAUCAUUUCUCAGGACAGUUUUUACAUUUUUGCUGUGUAGUAAAAGAGAUAUGCUUAAGGUCAAUCUGUUGUAUGUGAAAAGUCACUUUAUGGCAAGGUUUGAAUAAUGAAAGUGAAUGCAGUGAUAAUUUAAUGGUACAUAAUACAAAAGUCAUUUCUGGCAGUUGUUUAUGAUUUUCCAGGGUUUACAUUAAAAAAGGGUCUCAGUUUAUAAAUAAGUGCUGUGCUACCAUGCACUGUUGGCUUCAAUCAAUAGUUUGGUUUUAUCACUCUUUUAGUUUUCAAAGGGAAUUUGGAGUUUGACUUUUUGCCUUCAACUUGUCCUUUUCUUAAUUUUACCAAAAAUUUUAAAAAUACUUGCCCAGAUUUCUCACAGAGGUUUUCCAUAUGAAAAAAUUUGUCAUCAUGAAAAAAACUAUAAGGGUAAAACACGGCAGCUUGGGCUAAGAAGAGUUUAGCAGCUUAACUUUCAGUGACCUUUAUUGUUUUCAUAAGGCUCGUGUUUUAAAGUUGUUUACAAAUGUACUUUUAUUUUUCUGUUAAACUGUUUGGACUGUUCAGGAACUUUUUUCAUGUACUCUUCUGUUCAGUUAAAGCUGUUCCUCUAAUAAUGGAGGUGAAACAUCUAGUUUGGGCUGGGCACUGCCUUCUCAGAAAAGGUAACAGGCUCUGCUUUUUGUUACAGUCUGUGUUCUGUAAGAUAUUUUGUAAUUGAAGUAUGCUUCUGUAUACUAUGCAGUUCUUCCAAAAAUGCUUUUUUAGGCUUUUUGGUUUAUUUUUUCUGAUGAGGAGUUGAAGAUUGUAAUUCAUAACUUGUACAUAAAAUGGUGAAUGAUUUCAUAUGAUUCAGGAAUGAGCAGUGUGGCUUUCUGUUACAGGGUUUUACUGCUUUGUCAGGAGUCUAAUUAAUAAAAGCUGGGAGACUUCCACAAA